CAUAUUUUGGCCGAGAUUUCUCAAAUUACAUAGAUUUUACUUCUGUUUUUUUAUCUGUCAACGAAUCUUUUCCGGAUAAAAAUUGUUACGAAUCUUUUGAGUUUGGUGGGUACAUCGUGAAUUUCUUACACAGUACAUCGUUUGCUGCCAACUUUGAAUAAGUUUUCCUCAGGAUUUGUGAUUGCCCGAUGAGUAAUCCAGAGGAUAUCCCUAGCAGGCUCGAGGGUAAGAAUGUAGCACGAUUUGUGUGUUGUAUCCUUGGAAUAGGGUCUCUUGUGGCAUGGAAUGCAAUGCUGACCAUCACUGAUUACUAUUAUCAAAUUUUUCCGAAAUAUCAUCCUUCGAGGGUGCUAACAAUAGUUUACCAAUUGUUUGCGAAUGUGUUUAUAAUAACACUUGCCUUUAAAGAAGCUAAGCUCAAUACUCGCUUUCGUAACAUUUUCGGGUACAGCCUUUAUACCGCUGGCACCUUUUGUCUCCUCAUUUUGGAUCUUGCUUCGCGUGGCAGUGGAAGCGUAGUAGCAUAUGUUGUGUUGUGUUUGAUUGUUGCUGUUUUCGGGCUCGCUGAUGCUGUUGUACAAGGUGCAAUGGUUGGAGAUUUGUCCUACAUGUGCCCCGAGUUCAUCCAGGCCUUCAUGGGCGGUUUAGGCAUAGCUGGAGUUCUAACAUCCGGAUUAAGGCUUAUUACAAAAGCAAUAUUUGACAAGUCUCAUGAUGGUCUUCGAAAAGGGGCUUUGCUGUUCAUAGGAAUUGCGACAUUGAUCCAGUUAGCCUGUAUUUUUCUAUAUACUUUAGUCUUUGCUAAGCUCCCUAUCGUGAAAUACUACCGUGCCAAGGCUGGUAAAGAAGGGGCCAAAACCGUUUCUGCGGAUCUGGCCGCAGCUGGCCUCCAAGACCAAGCUGAACAGGUUCAACAAAUGGACGAGUCCAAGAUCCAAAAACUAACCAAGAAGCAGUUAUUACGAGAAAACAUAGAUCUUGAAAUCAAUCUAUUCUUGAUCUACGUGGUGACACUAUCGAUUUUCCCGGGAUUUCUAUACGAGAACACAGGAGAACAUCGAUUGGGAGAUUGGUAUGCACCAGUUCUAGUAGCCAUGUACAAUGGAUGGGAUGCGAUCGCGAGGUUCAUUCCCUCGAUCAAAGGGUUAGCAGUAGAGUCGAGGAAAUGGAUCACUGUCUGCGUUGUGGCACGUUUCUUGCUCGUCCCUGCCUUUUACUUUACCGCUAAAUACGCUGAUCAAGGAUGGAUGCUUUUCCUCACCUCUUUCUUGGGGUUGACUAACGGUUAUCUAACCGUUUGUAUCUUCAGCACUGCACCAAAGGGUUACAAUGGACCUGAAGCAAAUGCAUUAGGGAAUUUGAUGUGCGUGUUUCUAUUGGGAGGGAUCUUCGCUGGAGUUUGUUUGGGUUGGCUUUGGCUCAUUGGCAACGAUUCGUUUUAGAGAUAUAUAUAACUAAGGCCGAAUGCAGUACUUUGUAGUACUAUUUGUAUUUUAUUUUUCUGUGCCAAAGUGCACAAAAUUAUUAAAUUCAUCUCAUUGUGUUACUAGUGUGUUUUCAAGAAAUUGAUUUCUCACGCUUUUGUUUAAAAUUUUACAUUUUUUGUUUAUUUCAAAUGUAACU